UUGUUUUGCUGACGUCAUUAUUAAUUCUCACACACGCGGUGCACGAUCAUCAGUGCGGGGUUCCUUUCCUUUCAGAACAACAAAAUUAAUUUCCAAAAUAUCACCAAAAAUUAGUCGGGGAAACGACAAAAGACCAAGCCAGGAUGGAUCCUGACCGAAACGAAGGUGCAGCCCUCGACAGCUGGGAAGAGCAGGCGGAUCCCGGGCCGGGAAAUCACGGUGAUACGGUGGACAUUGGCAGCGAGUUUUCGGCGCUGAACGUGAAUGCGAAACCCUUCGUCCCAAAUGUCAACGCACCGGCGUUUGUUCCCAAUUUCGGGAAUUUCACCCCAAAAACUGAACCGUGUAACAACGAAGACACGGAAGAUAAGCCAUCAGGUCAGGCCUCACCAGCCCAAGAUUCAGGAAUAGCAGAAACAGAAGAUGAGACCACACCUCAGCAUCCUGUACCCGAUGCUAGUGAGACACCCCCUCCUGACCAGGAUGGGGAGGCGGAGCCUGAGGAAGAUGAGGAGGAGGAAGAAUUAAACAGUAGUCCUUCCAGCGAGGAAGAGUUAGGAGCGAGGGCAGUUACCGAGACGGUAGCACAAUCCUCGGGCAAAUCCUCACCAUCAGUAGCCGUCAAGAAACCCAAGAAAUAUGAGGAGGAGGAGGAAGACAAGGAGCGAAAAACUGAGAUGGAACACGUCAAUGUCAUCUUCAUUGGGCAUGUCGAUGCUGGCAAGUCUACCAUUGGCGGUCACAUUAUGUACUUGACAGGCCAAGUGGACAAGAGGACUCUGGAGAAGUACGAACGAGAAGCCAAAGAGAAAAACAGAGAGAGCUGGUACCUGUCGUGGGCUCUUGACACAAACCUAGAGGAGCGAGAGAAAGGCAAGACGGUGGAGGUGGGCCGGGCCAACUUUGAGACCGAGAAGAAACAUUUCACAAUCCUGGAUGCGCCGGGACAUCGAAGCUUCGUUCCCAACAUGAUCUGCGGGGCGGCCCAGGCUGACCUGGCAGUGCUGGUCAUCUCGGCACGAAAGGGGGAAUUUGAGACGGGUUUUGAGAGGGGCGGCCAGACGCGAGAGCACGCCAUGUUAGCCAAGACGGCGGGCGUCAAGCACCUGGUGGUCCUCAUCAAUAAGAUGGACGAUCCUACCGUAGAGUGGUCAGAAGAAAGAUACGAGUUGUGCAAAACCAAGCUUGUCCCCUUCCUGAAGAAGAAUGGCUUCAACCCCAAGAAAGACGUGUUCUUCAUUCCUGUGUCUGGGAUCACGGGAGCAAACCUCAAGGAAAAAGCUGGGGGUGUUUGUCCCUGGUACACUGGGCCAGCCUUUAUUCCCUACAUCGAUAGCUUACCAUCCCUGGGUAGGAAGCAGGACGGCCCACUUCGGAUGCCUAUCACUGACCGAUUCAAGGAUAUGGGAACUAUUUUGCUUGGUAAAAUUGAAGGAGGAAAGAUCAAGAAAGGAGAUUCGGUCCUGAUGAUGCCAAACAAGACAAACGUUGAAAUAUUACAAAUCCUUUCGGACGAGGACGACACGACGGAAGCAAAAGCAGGCGAGAACGUCAAGUUAAAAGUCAGGGGGAUCGAGGAAGACGAUGUUUCACCAGGAUUUGUGUUGUGUGAAAUCAACAGUCCGUGUCACACAUGCAAGGUCUUUGAUGCACAAAUCUUGAUUGCUGAACACAAGUCCAUCAUCUGUGCUGGCUACGGCGCGGUGCUACACAUCCACACAGCAGUGGAGGAAGUCCAGAUCACAACCCUUAUUGCCUUGGUCGACAAGAAGACGGGGAAGACGAUCAAACAGCGCCCUCGCUUCAUCAAGCAGGAACAGAUCGCUAUUGCGCGGUUCGAGUGUGCGGGCGUGCUGUGUAUGGAAACGUUUAGUGACUUCCAACAGAUGGGCCGAUUCACCCUUCGCGAUGAAGGUAAAACCAUCGGCUUUGGGAAAGUUCUGAAGCUGGUCAACUGAAGAACAGGCAGUACCACCGACCGGCCGUGUGACUGUAGAGGGCAGCAGACUGGCAUAAACUCAACCGAGACCAGACUCCAAUGGACGUCUGCAUAAAAACACUGUUUCUCUUAGGUCUUUAGUAGAGACUUGCGAGCCACUUCCACAAAAUGAGGGUUGUUAACCGACCACACAAGGCUAUGUCUGACACGGCAGAUGUCCACAGAUUUUGCAUUUUCAGAAGUCGAUUGUCACAGAGCGUAUGCUGGCAUUUCUGCCAUUCAAUCCAGUGCACUUUUGCGAAGAACACAGCAUGCACGCAGCACAGCACAUGCAAGCAAGUUAUCUCAAGUUCAGGGGAAGUUUGAUAAAACUAAGGUCUCGUUGGGACUGGCCCACGAAGUUGGCUUACAAUGAUGACGGCACAGUCAAGUAGACAGGCAGGCUUUGAAGUUCGAAGAAGUCAUUAACUUUUUUUUUUCGUUCAAUUUAUGCAGACUUGGCAAAUUACAUUGCAACAGUCGAUCUCAUAUAUUUUCCCCAUUAUUUACUGAAAAUGCAAAACUUUUUUUUCAUUUUGUUUUGUACAUUUUUUUUCUCCAUUGUCUGUUGGUCAGAAUUAUUUUUGAAAAACAGAAGAAAAAAUAUGCAAAAUUUAAUCUGGCGUUAUCACAAAACAUCAACUACACAAUAUUGUUUUGUUUGCUUGACUGAGAAAAAUAAAAAGAAUCAUAAAAUUUAGAGGGCCUACUGUUUCGGUCUUAACAAA